AUGGCCGAGGUGUGCAUGGAGAAUUACGACACUCAAUUCCGCACAACCACCAAAACUGGUGAUAUCCUGGUGACAGGCUUCAACUUUGGCUGUGGAUCCUCAAGAGAACAAGCUGCGACUGCCAUCUUAGCGAAACAGAUUCCUCUCGUCGUUGCCGGUAGUUUCGGAAACAUCUUCAGCCGUAACAGCAUCAACAAUGCUCUCCUCGGCGUCGAACUGCCAGCACUUGUACAUCGUCUCCGCGAAACGUACAAGGACGAAACUGAGAAAGUCCUGACCCGCCGCACUGGGUGGAGGCUGCUCUGGGAUAUCCGCCGCUCCAAAGUUGUCGUUACCGAAAAGGAUGGCUCCUCAUGGGAGCAGAAAGUCGGCGAGAUCCCCCCCAACGUGCAAGAAAUCAUUGCUUGCGGCGGACUUGAAGGCUGGGUCAAGACCAAGAUUGCGGCUGAAAAGCGAUAA